AAUGUUGGUCUCUGUGAUCCGUCACCUGUCUGAAUCCAUCCCCCGUCACUGGCAUAUAUGGACAAGCCGGCCUGACACCAUGUGAUGAGGGGCUGCUAAAAACAGCCUCAGUCCCCACUCUGAACCAGCCUGGCUUGAAACAAUGUCCUCUGGCCAAAGAAACCUAAAGGACACUUGAGUGCACAACCCUUGGAAUUCUUUCAAGGAAACCAGCCCUUAGAUUUACCCCUCCAUCCAUCUGGAUCACCCUUUCACUGACACCACACGCCCCAGGGCCGGCAAGGAGAUGAGUACAUCUCUCAGUUAUAAGUCUUUUUCCAAGGAACAGCAGACAAUGGACACCCUGGAGAAGCAGCUUAUCUGUCCCAUCUGUUUGGAGAUGUUCACAAAACCUGUGGUGAUUCUUCCAUGUCAGCACAACCUGUGUAGAAAGUGUGCCAGUGACAUUUUCCAGGCCUCAAACCCAUACUUGCCAACGAGAGGAGGCACUACAGUGGCAUCGGGUGGUCGAUUCAGGUGCCCCUCCUGCAGGCAUGAAGUGGUUCUGGACAGACAUGGGGUGUAUGGACUUCAGAGGAACUUGCUGGUGGAAAACAUCAUUGACAUAUACAAGCAGGAGUCCACCAGGCCAGAAAGAAAGUCAGAGCAGCCGAUGUGUGAAGAGCAUGAAGAUGAGCGCAUCAACAUUUAUUGCCUGAACUGUGAAGUACCUACCUGCUCCAUGUGCAAGGUCUUUGGGGCUCACAAAGAUUGUCAGGUGGCUCCCCUCACACAUGUUUUCCAGAGGCAGAAAUCUGAGCUCAGCGAUGGCAUUGCAGUCCUCGUGGGAAGCAAUGACCGAGUCCAGGGAAUAAUCAGUCAGCUGGAAGAGACAUGCAGAACUGUAGAGGAAUGUUGCAGAAGACAGAAACAGGAGCUGUGUGAAAAAUUUGAUUAUCUCUAUGGCAUCCUGGAGGAAAGAAAGAAUGAGAUGACACAAAUCAUUACAAGGAGCCAAGAGGAGAAACUGGAGCAUGUCCGGGCACUGAUUAAAAAGUAUGCAGAUCAUCUGGAGACAGUUUCCAAGUUGGUUGAGUCAGGAAUUCAAUUCAUGGAUGAGCCAGAAAUGGCAGUCUUCUUACAGAAUGCCAAAACGCUGUUACAAAAAAUUUCUGAAGCAUCCAAGGCAUUUCAGAUGGAGAAAAUAGAACACGGCUAUGAAAACAUGGACCAUUUUACAGUCAACCUCAAUCGAGAAGAAAAGAUAAUAAGAGAAAUUGACUUUUACAAAGAGGAAGAGGAAGAUGAGGAAGUGGCCGAAGAAGCAAUGGAAGAUGUCUGUACAGAGUCAUCAGGGGAAGAAGAAAAUCCUGAGAUAGUAUCCCAGCCCUCUCCACCAGAUGCUGAGCACCAGUCUAUACCUGAGGCACUUCCUGUUGCAUCUGUAGAAAUACCACCUACCCCACCAGCUGCUGCGGGGGAUCUUGUAACUCAGGGGGAGGUGGUGCCAAGUGUUGCUCAGCAGACUCCACAGUCUGAAACUCAAGUACCGUCACCAGCAUCGGAAACCCUGGAUCCCUUGUUUUAUCCUAGUUGGUAUAAGGCCCCCAAACGGCAAGGCACCAACCCAACUUCCACCCAAGUGAGUGAAGGUUCGGGUCAAGUAGGGCCUUCAGUUUCUGUGGAUGCCAGUGGGCAGAAGGCAGAAGAGGCAGAAACCACCACAGCGUCCAAUGAGAGGGAAGCACUGAGUGGUAAGGAAGCUAGUACCACUGCAGCCACUUCUCAGAUCAGGACUGACUGCUCUGCUCCCCAGGGCCAAGUGGAAGGUGCUUCAAGGAGCAGUGAUGGAACUGAAAAUGAACCAGCCCGCCAUAUCUUCUCUUUUUCCUGGUUAAACUCUUUGAGUGAAUGAUGUUCAUUCCAGCUGCUACCUCUCUGUCUGCUUGGCUAAGGGACAGAGGCAGCAGGUGACCUAGAUGGAAUGAAUAUGAAAUAGUGAAUGAAUGGGACCUCUGAAUGAGUUUUCUGCAAAAAGCUUUGAUUCCAUGUUAGUUACCUAACACUUAGAGGGGGUGGGGAGAGUACUUUGUGGAACUCGCUGCCACAACAAGGAGAAAAAUGAGAUGAUCUUGUUAAAAUGCUGUAUAAGGACAUUUUAUAAAGGUGUGCAUGUAUGUGUUUGUUAGUGUGUGUGUGUGUGUGUGUGUGUGUGUGUGUGUGUGUG